UGGGCGGGGUCGACGCUGCGAGCCGGAACUCGGCAACUGUAGGUCUCCCACCGCCUCAGCUCACUGCUUCGGCCGGCCGACUCCCUCAGGUGCAGGACAUGGCCACUUAUCACCCUUAUCAGCGACCAGGACACAUGCCACUGCCCAGAGCUGAUGCCAUUCGUUCGCGCCUUAUUGAUACUUUCUCUCUCAUUGAGCAUCUGCAAGGGAUAAGCCAAGCUGUGCCACGGCACACUAUCAAAGAGUUAGUUGAUCCUGCCCGUCAGAAGAAAGUUAUGAUGAGAGAUCAACAUCAACUUGUGCGCUUCUCCAUAAAGCCCCGUCAUGUAGAACGGAUUACACACAGUAAGAGAUUGCUGAGCAGACUCCAAGUGCGCUGCAAUGAGAGGCCACCUCUUUGCUUGUGGGCUGGAUGGGUCCUUGAGAGUUCUAUCUUCACAAACUUCAUCAUCUUCCUCAUCUUUUUGAAUACAGUCGUACUGAUGGUUGAAAUAGAAUUGCUCGAAUCCUCAAAUACUAAUCUGUGGCCACUGAAGCUGACUCUGGAGUUGGCAGCUUGGUUCAUCUUGCUUAUUUUCAUCUUGGAGAUCCUUCUUAUGUGGCUCUCCAACUUUUUCCACUUCUGGAAGAAUGCCUGGAAUCUCUUUGACUUUGUUAUCACCAUAUUGUCCCUGAUUCCAGAAGUUGUGGUGCUGGGAGGGGUAGAAGGUCAGUCUGUAUGGCUCAAGUUGCUGAGGAUCUGCCGGGUGCUAAGGUCUCUCAAACUCUUUGCACGGUUCCGUCAAAUUCGAGUCAUUAUUUUGGCCCUGGUCAGGGCCCUCAAGAGCAUGACCUUCCUCUGGCUGUUGCUGCUCAUCUUCUUCUAUGUUUUUGCCGUGGCUGGUGUCUACUUCUUCGAGAGUUACACUCGUUCACCUCGCCAGGACCUGCAAUACCAGAUGUUCUUCUCGGACAUACUGAAUUCCCUGGUGACAGUGUUCAUUCUCUUCACUUUGGAUCAUUGGUAUGCACUGCUUCAGGAUACCUGGAAGGUGCCUGAAGUCAGCCGUACCUUCAGCAGCAUCUAUGUCAUCCUCUGGUUGUUACUUGGUUCCAUUAUUUUUCGAAAUAUCAUAGUAGCCUUAAUGGUUACUAACUUCCAGAAUAUCAGAAAUGAGCUGAAUGAGGAGAUGACACAUCUGGAGGUUCAGCACAAAGCUGACAUGUUCAAACGGCAUAUUAUCCAGAGGCGGCAAAACCUGCCAAUGGAGGGACAGAGGUCAAGCGUUAGCAAAGCCACUGUCAGAAAAGAAAGUCAAGAGGAAUUAUCACCCAUAUCAGAAAUACCUUCUCAAGAAAUACCUACUGAAAUGACUUCAGAAACACCUCCAUUAAAAUCAAAAGUGCCUAUGUCAAAACCAAAAAAGCCUGUAUCUUCUUACUCCACGGAUCCUUCCUCCCCUCGAUCAUCAUCACCAUCGUCAUCAUCUUCAUCUUCCUCUUCUGAGUCCAAAUUUUGGGACUCUAUUGAUAACUUGGACUGGGAGACUCAUGUGCACCAGAAUCUGCCUGGACUAAUGGAAAUGGAUCAGGAUGAGCGAGUUGUUUGGCCUAGAGAUUCACUCUUCCGAUAUUUUGAGUUACUAGAAAAACUUCAGUAUAACCUAGAGGAGCGUAAGCGGUUACAAGAGUUUGCAGUGCAGGCACUGAUGAACUUGGAAGACAUGUAAAAUGACAAUGGAUGCUUCCAUGUCUUUGGCAAAGAUAGCGAAGGGGAGAAAUGGAGAUGGAGAAUUCAAAGUGUAAAUGUCUAAUAAAUACUGCUGAUAAUUGCGCAGUGGUCUUGUCUCUGAGAGACGGGAUACUGAAAGGUACAAGGUCAGGUGUAAAGUGACCAGUGCCAGUGGAGCCUGUGGUUCUUGGCUUUCUACUCUUACUGCAGUUCCUGAGCCUGACUCUUACCUUGACUCUCACCUCUCCUUUCUUGCAACUUUUGCUUCCUGAUAAAGUCCUAAUUUCACCCUUUCCCUCUCCAGUGUGUACAGAACUCUCUUGGGAUGGUAGGAUGAGAGGAUCCCAGGAGCUGGUAGUGUGACUAAUUGAAAACUAUUGUUUCUGUUGCCUACUCUUUGACUACCACACAAAUUAAAUUAAUCAAAUGUCAUUUUUACCUAUUUCUGAGCCAAAAGAGAGUCCCUUUAGUCCAUUCCCUUACCACACUGUAGGAGAGUUCAAAUCAGUAAGUGUGU